AUGGCGGACCACUCGGCCAGCGGCGCUCCUGCGCUGUCGACCAACAUCGAGAGCGGAAAGUUCGACGAGAAGGCGGCGGAGCACCCCGCUCCCUACCAGCCUAAGCCCAAGGUUGAAGACGAUGAUGAGGAUGAGGACAUUGAUGCCCUCAUCGAGGAUCUCGAGUCCCACGAUGGACACGAUGCUGAGGAGGAGGAAGAGGAGGGAACUCCCGGUGGCGGUCGCGUCGUCCCCGAGGACAUGCUCCAGACUGACACCCGUGUCGGUCUCACUUCUGAGGAGGUUGUCCAGCGCCGCCGCAAGUACGGUCUCAACCAGAUGAAGGAGGAGAAGGAGAACCACAUUCUCAAGUUCCUCGGUUUCUUCGUUGGUCCCAUUCAGUUCGUCAUGGAGGCUGCUGCCGUCCUUGCUGCCGGUCUUGAGGACUGGGUUGAUUUCGGUGUCAUUUGCGGUCUGUUGCUCCUCAACGCUGUUGUCGGUUUCGUUCAGGAAUUCCAGGCUGGUUCUAUUGUCGACGAGUUGAAGAAGACUCUUGCUCUCAAGGCUGUCGUUCUCCGUGACGGUACUCUCAAGGAGAUUGAGGCUCCCGAAGUCGUUCCCGGUGAUAUCCUCCAGGUUGAUCAGUCUGCUCUUACCGGCGAGUCUCUUGCUGUCGACAAGCACAAGGGUGACCAGGUUUUCGCUUCCUCCGCUGUCAAGCGUGGUGAGGCUUUCGUCGUCAUCACUGCCACCGGUGACAACACCUUCGUCGGUCGCGCUGCUGCUCUCGUCAACGCUGCUUCUGCCGGCUCUGGUCACUUCACUGAGGUUUUGAACGGUAUCGGUACCAUUCUCCUUAUCCUCGUCGUCUUCACUCUCCUCGUCGUUUGGGUUGCCUCUUUCUACCGCUCCAACCCCAUCGUCCAGAUCCUCGAGUUCACCCUUGCCAUCACCAUCAUUGGUGUCCCCGUCGGUCUCCCCGCUGUCGUCACCACCACCAUGGCUGUCGGUGCCGCCUACCUCGCCAAGAAGAAGGCCAUCGUCCAGAAGCUUUCCGCUAUUGAGUCCCUUGCCGGUGUCGAGAUUCUCUGCUCUGACAAGACUGGUACCCUCACCAAGAACAAGCUCUCUCUCUCUGAGCCCUACACCGUCGCUGGUGUCGACCCCGAGGACCUCAUGCUUACUGCCUGCUUGGCCGCUUCCCGCAAGAAGAAGGGUAUUGAUGCCAUCGACAAGGCUUUCCUCAAGUCCCUCAAGUUCUACCCCCGCGCCAAGUCCGUUCUCUCCAAGUACAAGGUUCUCCAGUUCCACCCCUUCGAUCCCGUCUCCAAGAAGGUCGUCGCCGUUGUCGAGUCUCCCCAGGGUGAGCGCAUCACUUGCGUCAAAGGUGCCCCUCUUUUCGUUCUGAAGACUGUCGAGGAGGACCACCCCAUCCCUGAGGAGGUUGACCAGGCCUACAAGAACAAGGUUGCUGAGUUCGCUACCCGUGGUUUCCGCUCUCUCGGUGUUGCCCGCAAGCGUGGUGAGGGUUCUUGGGAGAUUCUCGGUAUCAUGCCCUGCAUGGAUCCCCCCCGUCACGAUACCUACAAGACUGUCUGCGAGGCCAAGACUCUCGGUCUCUCCAUCAAGAUGCUUACUGGUGAUGCCGUCGGUAUUGCUCGCGAGACUUCUCGUCAGCUCGGUCUCGGUACCAACAUCUACAACGCUGAGCGCCUCGGUCUCGGUGGUGGCGGUGACAUGCCCGGCUCUGAGGUCUACGAUUUCGUUGAGGCUGCCGAUGGUUUCGCCGAGGUCUUCCCCCAGCACAAGUACAACGUCGUCGAGAUUCUCCAGCAGCGCGGUUACCUUGUUGCCAUGACUGGUGACGGUGUCAACGAUGCUCCCUCGCUCAAGAAGGCUGAUACUGGUAUUGCUGUCGAGGGUUCCUCCGACGCUGCCCGCUCCGCUGCCGAUAUCGUCUUCCUUGCCCCUGGUCUCGGUGCCAUCAUUGAUGCCCUCAAGACUUCUCGCCAGAUUUUCCACCGCAUGUACGCCUACGUUGUCUACCGUAUCGCUCUGUCCAUUCACUUGGAGAUCUUCCUCGGUCUCUGGAUCGCCAUUCUCAACCGUUCCCUCAACAUUGAGCUUGUUGUCUUCAUCGCCAUUUUCGCCGAUGUUGCCACCCUUGCCAUUGCCUACGACAACGCCCCCUACUCGCAGACCCCCGUCAAGUGGAACCUUCCCAAGCUCUGGGGUAUGUCCGUCCUCCUCGGUGUCGUCCUUGCCGUCGGUACCUGGAUCACUGUCACCACCAUGUACGCUCAGGGUGAGAACGGCGGUAUCGUCCAGAACUUCGGUAACAUGGACGAAGUCGUCUUCCUCCAGGUCUCUCUUACUGAGAACUGGCUCAUCUUCAUCACUCGUGCCAACGGUCCCUUCUGGUCCUCGAUCCCCUCGUGGCAGCUCAGCGGUGCUAUUCUCAUCGUUGAUAUUAUUGCCACCUGCUUCACCAUCUGGGGCUGGUUCGAGCACUCUGACACCUCCAUUGUUGCCGUCGUCCGUAUUUGGAUCUUCUCCUUCGGUGUCUUCUGCAUCAUGGGCGGUGUCUACUACAUCCUCCAGGACAGCGUUGGCUUCGAUAACCUUAUGCACGGCAAGUCCCCUAAGGGCAACCAGAAGCAGCGCUCGCUUGAGGACUUUGUUGUCUCUCUCCAGCGUGUCUCUACUCAGCAUGAGAAGUCGCAAUAA